AUGGGGGACCGGCGCGGGAAGUUCCUCUCUCCCCGCGUCUCCAAGGGAACACUGCAGCUCCGCGUGAUCUUUCUGGACAACAGCGAGCGCGUGUUUGAGGUCGAGCAAAGGAUCCUGGGAUGUGACUUCUUCAACAAGGUGUGUGGCCACCUCAAGCUAUUGGAGAGAGAAUACUUUGGACUGGAGUUCAGACAUCACACUGGUAGUUAUGUGUGGCUGGAACAGUUGAAACCUCUAGCCAGUCAGAUAAAGAACACCAGUGAUCUGUUCUUCAGAUUCAUUGUCAAGUUCUUUCCUCCAGACCCAGGACAGCUGCAGAGAAGACUCACAAGGUAUCUGUUUUCUCUCCAGAUAAAGCAGGACCUCUCUACAGGCAGUCUUACCUGUAAUGACAACAGCGCCGCCCUGCUGGUCUCCCAUAUACUGCAGUCAGAGCUGGGAGACUACAAGGAGGAGUUGGACAUCCACCAUCUAGAGAUGAGAAGAUACGUCCCUAACCAGGAAUACCUGGACCACAAGAUUAUGAAGUUCCACAGGAAACACAGGGGUCACUCUCCUGCGGACUCAGACGUCCAUCUGUUGGAGGUUGCUAGGAAACUGGACAUGUACGGUAUCCGCCCCCACCCUGCCCACGAUGGCGAGGGCAUAAGACUCAACCUGGCUGUCACACACUCUGGGGUACUGGUGUUCCAGGGCAACACGAAGAUCAACACAUUCAGCUGGGCCAAGGUCCGUAAACUGAGCUUCAAGAGGAAACACUUCCUCAUCAAACUACACGACCAAAUAGGGCCGUCCCGUAAGGACACGGUAGAGUUUGCGAUGGCGAGUCGGGACGUUUCUAAGUCUUUCUGGAAGAGCUGCGUUGAGUACCAUGCCUUCUUCAGACUGGCCACAGAGCCCCGGGCACGCAGCAAGACUCUGCUGUCCAGCAAGGGAUCCAGCUUCAGAUACAGUGGCAGGACCCAGAAACAGUUGAUGGAGAUGCCCACAGGGGAGAAAAAACACAGACCGUUCGAAAGGUCAGAGUCCAGACAGUGUAGAUCCUCCCCUGACCUCCUCACAGACGUCUCCAAACAGCUCUACGAGCAGUCCCAUUCGUUCCCGCGCCCCGGAAGCCACAGCGAAGAGGAAGUGGAAAGACAACAACAGGAAGUGGGAGGAGCUAACCCUAAACGCAGCCAAUCAGCUGUCGAAGUGGUCUUCUCCACGGAACUGCAGCGAUCCCGCCUCCCACAAGCUUUCCACCAAUCAACGGCCUCUCCUAAGCAAAGGUCCGCCUCUACAUCGGUAGACAUCGAGGAGAGGAGGGCAGGGGGGCAACGGCAGGGAGGGGUGGGGUAUCACCAUGGUAACAGCAGGGCCAGACUUCGGCCCAAACCCCAGCCUGCCUCCGACGCGCAGCAAUUGGUCCUCCUAUAUCCCAAUAACCCCGCCUACCAGUUCCAUCCAGUCCUUCCAACAUUCCCAUUGGCCAGCUAUCCGCACGGACAUGCCUACUUUCUGGACGGUGCCGUAACCUCAUUGGAGCGUCUCCCGCAGAUGCAACGCUUAGACCACACCCUGUUGGAGGGGCUGACACACCCUUCUUUCUACACACGCUCUGAUUCGUCUUCCCUGUCGCCACUCAGGCGGAAUCUCCGCCCAUCCGGGCUGGGAUUGACCAGGGUCUACCACGGUGGGUUCUUGAGCGGAAACGCAGCCAGGAGUUUCGACGUCGGGAGAAUAGAGGCGGGACAUUACAGCGACGACUCCAACUUCCUGCCUGGACUUCCUCGUCGUGCCACCAGCCAACCGGACGUUAAGCUCCCCAGAGUAGUCCCCGCCUCCAACCCUGCCUCUGAGUUCCGUCCCCUAGGUUACUACCCCCACCUAUCACGUCACCAGACUCCACAAAGACCCUCCUACCUGCCUCUAAACUCCUCCCCCUUGCCAGACCGGCCCACCUCGCUGUGUGUCCUAGGGGGGGCUGGUGGAAGCUACAGUGAUUCAGACCCAGAGGUAAUCUACCCAUACUACUGUCCAGUACCCCCGUUGGGUAAAGUGAUACGGUCCAAUGCUCUGGCUAGGAUGAGGUUUUCCUCUGGGAGUUUACAACUGGAGGAGGAAGAGGGGGAAGAGGAGAGGUAUAGCAGUGGGGGAGAGGGUACGCCUCGAAUUACGAAACUGAGACUGUAG